AUGAACGCUCAGGACUCCGCUCCACUCUCGAAGAAGGCAGCGCUUCGCAGGGAUGAUUCUUGGCGAGCGCCUUCGGAGGCUGGGUCGUUGGCUUCACGGCACCGUCUGUCGUCACGUCUCGGGACACAGAUGCCUUCUUCCACCACCGCCGCGCUCGCGCUCACAAGUAAGCAACGUCUCCUCAGCGAGGCCACUCUGCGCAGCAUUACCUUACUCUUGCGCCACACGGCAGCCCAGGUCGAGGCGGCCGCGUUGCAGGAUGCAAUGGAAGAUCCCUUGGCGAGUGAGUACAUCAUGACGAGUGGGGGCCGUGCAGACGAGCACAACGUCAACCCCACCACUGUGAGCGUUCCGGUCGCGUCUUUCAUUGAUGGCGAUGCAGAUCGGUCCGCACUAAGCUCGAGGUCUUCGUCGGGGAGCGGUGUGGAUUGGGUGUCGGGAAUGUCGGUGACCUCAUCAGCGCAUGACGCGGCGACGCACAGCACCGAUUCGCCGCCGCAGCAGCCCAAACGGGGAUCUAAGACUAUGGCGCAGGCGUCCUCCAUGCUGACAUCGUCGUCGGUCCCAGAGAACCGACCUCAGCAAAGUUGCUGUUCACCAUCCCCGUGGGAGCUGCGCCGUCGGCCUCGCGUCAACUUUAGUGGGACUCUCGUCGACCACGCGAUUCGCGCCGUGGACGCCGCUAUCAGCAGCCCGUCAUACUCGUAUAGCUUCCCAGAGAAGUGGUUUGGUCCCCCAGCUGACGCGCUUGCGCUGCAUGCUGUGCAGAGCUCGGCGGGGGACACCCUCCUCAACCCCAGCAUGAAGCGAGCAUCGAUGACGACUGCAAAGGGGUUUCGACCCCGUUGGCAGCCGCGGACGUCCCCCUUAAAGCACACUUUUACCAGGGAAGCUUCUUCUCCUGCCGCCUCGCUCUCGCAGUCGCUGAGCACCGCCGUGUUCUUGCCGGAGCGGUCGCCCGCGAGAAGUCCGACCACGUUGACGCACCGCAACUCCUUCUCCAACCAUGCCGACUGGAGCAAGGUUUCAGCGGUUGCCACCUCGCAGCCACCAUUGUUUUUCGACAAUCUGCUGUUUGACCCGGCGACGAACCGCUACCUUUUCGAAGGUCAUGCGUUCCGUGAGGAGGUUCGAGUUCUACAGGCCCCUGCGGCGGAUGCAUCUGUGCUGGCGGCGUCUCGCUCAGACGACGCGGGGAGCGGAGACAGCGUCACCAACCACCCGCGCGGCUCGCCGUCACCGUUGUUACUGCUUGUGAGAGAGUACAUCCCAGUAUCAGCCGAGUGCAGCAUCGUCGGGGAUGAGCAACAACUGCUCAGCGCGAGUGGUGGCAGCGUGGAUGCAGUCGUGGUCCAAUGCUUCUCCCUCUUGCCACCGCAGCUGGCACAUCUACGGCCCAAUCCAUACCAGCUUCUCCCCGAGACCACCACCACAAUGUGCCUACUCGUUGCGCUACCGGGCUGCGUGACAUUGGUGACAUCGCUGGACGUCUUUUUGCACGAUAUGCGGCACAGCCUCCUCAUGGCGACGGGAUCUUCGCUGGAGCGCCUCUUGAGCAGCUCACAGGAGACAACGAAGGAGGUCCGCCGGCGUCCCGAGAGCGGAGCGCAGUCGCCCGUGACGACUGUGCGCCCCUCCGCAUCUACUGCCCGCGUAAGCUUCCUGCGUCCUCGCACCUCGCUGAAAGCGGUCUGCGGUAACGGGGUCUCCGGCGCCUCACCCUCGGGCGCUGCAACGCAGGUCUCGCCGGACGCAGCGGAGAGGGAUCGAGAUGCCACACGAAUUGCCAUAGUGCAAGAACGACUUACCCAGAUAGUGGUGCCGGACGUACUCGACGAGGCGAUGCAUGCUAUCUACGCAACCCUUGUGGUGUACAGCAGUCAAUGUGAGCAGCGGCGUUGCAUGCUCGCCGCCGUGGAUGCUGUCCAUGUGCUGCAACGCUUCUUUCGUCACUGCCUCGCCGUGAUGGAGCGGGCGGUACGACGGAUGGUGCGACUGUGGCGCCAGCUGGAGGUGGAUGCGCGACUGAAGCUACAGCAGUACCGUCCGCUGCCAACGGCGAUGGAGAGGAUUGACGUGGUGGCGAACAGAAUUCUGCAGGACCACAUGCUCACCUCGGUGAACUACAAGCGUGCGUUCAUUGUGGCCCAGUGGGCAGCGCGGCGUCGCUCCUUCGCUCAGUGGAGACAGAUGGAGGAGUGGGACAGCGUGUUUGCGUCGCACGUGCGGCGCAGGGAAGGCGACGCAGACGGCGCCGUCACCAAUAGCGCUGCGGAGAAGAGGUCGCGUAGCGCCCGACUGAGCGCCGGAGAGGAGCUGCGGUUGGAGUCGGAGUUUAACAAGCGCCGAGGCUGGUCGAGCAAGGUGAUGACGCAGUGCACGGCGCCUUCUUUCCCCUCAACUACUGUCGAGUCGUAUGCCGAGCGCGAGCAAGCCGCGAUUCGUCGUUUUCUCAGCUGGUACAUAGACCCACAGGAGCUCCUCUACCUCAGCCAUCAACGCUUGCUGGAAACACUGAAAGGCUCCGUCUUUCAGAUGGCGGAUGUGAGGGUCGAGCUGAGGCACGCUGCUAACAGACUGACGAAGGAGGAUUGCACGGCACCGCUCGAUGCUUCCGUGUCGUGCAACAGCGUUCAUCAGCACAGGUGA